AUGAUAUUAAGAAACGGUAAUUGGUUUUCUUGUGAGGAUAAUGCUCUUGUAUUCUGGGCCCUCUCUGUGGUUUCAGACAUCCGGGAAUUGAUUGAGGUGGAUGAUGUGAUGGAGGACAAUACUCUGCAGUUCGGUCCCAAUGGAGGAUUGGUAUUUUGCAUGGAAUACUUUGCCAAUAAUUUCGAUUGGCUAGAGGACUGUCUCGGCCAUGUAGAGGAUGACUACAUCCUUUUUGACUGUCCAGGUCAGAUUGAAUUGUACACUCACCUGCCCGUGAUGAAACAGCUGGUCCAGCAACUAGAACAGUGGGAGUUUCGAGUCUGUGGAGUUUUUCUUGUUGAUUCUCAAUUCAUGGUGGAGUCGUUCAAGUUUAUUUCUGGCAUCUUGUCAGCCCUGAGUGCUAUGAUCUCUCUAGAAAUUCCUCAAGUUAACGUCAUGACGAAAAUGGAUCUGCUGAGUAAGAAAGCUAAAAAGGAAAUUGAGAAGUUUCUAGAUCCAGACAUGUAUUCUUUAUUAGAUGACCCUACAAGCGACUUAAGAAGCAAAAAAUUCAAAAAAUUGACUAAUGCUAUAUGUGGACUGAUUGACGACUACAGCAUGGUUCGAUUUUUGCCUUACGAUCAGUCAGAUGAAGAAAGCAUGAACAUCGUAUUACAGCAUAUUGAUUUUGCCAUUCAGUAUGGAGAAGACUUGGAAUUUAAAGAACCGAAGGAACAUGAAGAUGAGUCAUCUUCCGUGUUUGACGAAUAUUUUCAAGAACACCAGAAUGAAUGAAGAGUUUGUUAAAAAGUAACCGAAUGUGUGAAGGAGCUUGUGGCUGAACUGGCAGAACCUUCUUCUCUUCGAAAGAUGGAAUACUAGAAAGCUACUUACUUUAAUGAAAAAAAAUAAUACUUGACUCUUUAUCAGCAAUCAGGAACAUGCCUGAAUCAAGUUCUUAGUUAUUCUGAAACUGCUGCUGUUUAAAGUGGCAUCUUUGAGUAUUAUUGGAACAGCAUAAUUUAGAUUUUAAAAGUCGAAAUUGAAAUGAAUGUAGAUAGAUUUGUGUAUAUAAUAUAAAUUAGCACCUGUGAUACAGUUAAGACCAGUCUACUUUUAGUUUUACUGUUUGAUUUUUGUUAUUUUUGAAGUUUUUUUGGAGGGACAGGAAUUAUUGUAACAAAAUAUACAUAUAUGUGUCCAAAGAAAAAAAAAUCUGGAAGGAUAUAGAUAAGACCAUUGCUUACCUGUAUCUUCCAGUUCUCCUACAUUGAAAAUGUAUUAUUUGUGUAAUUUAAAAAUGAAAA